ACCCACGCUGCGUCGAAGAGGCGAGGCGCUCCCGCACUGACACACUCCACGACCGACCUCACGCCUCCCUCGCUCGCUCGCUCGCUCUCGGGAAUCGCGAACCACCACAACCACCACCACCCCAGCCGCCUCGCCGCGCCGCGCGCCAUGGCCGGCGGCGACGCCAGGCCCCUCGCCGACGCCGCCUUCCUCCGCUUCCUGCUCCCGUCCCCCAAGCCCGAGCGCCCCGCUCCCGCCCGCCUCGCCCCGCCGCACUGCCUCGUCGCGCCCGCCCAGCCGGACCCGCCCCCCGGCGCCAGCCCCGACGAGCGCCUCUUCAUCGUGCCCCCCACGCGCCCCGCCUGGCUCCCUCCGCAGCCGCAGCCGCCGCCCCCUUUCCCAGUCCCUCCGGCGCGGCGCGUCCACCCGGCCGCCGGCGCCGCGCGCAAUGCGGGCCGCUUCGCCGCCGGCCGGGGCGGCCAGGCGAGGCGGAGGGUCGGGGAUUUCGCCGGGACCAGGGGCCGCGCGGGCCCCGAUAGGCGGAGGGCGGGCGGGGGCCUCCCCGUGAAGGCGAACGGGGGCGAGGACCGCGCCGGGGCCAGGCGGGCGGCGGCGGCGGCGGCGCGGAGAGAGAAUAAGGUGUGGGUUGCCGUGGAGAGGAAGGGUGCGAAUGGCGGAAGCGACUUGGACGACCAGGGGGGCGUGGGCGGAGGCUACGCAGGCGGAGACGAGGCUGGAGGCAGCAUCGAAGGGGAAGAGCAGCUGGAACCGGACGACGGCGACGGCCGGCGUCUCGGGGAGGAAUUGGAGGAUUCUCUCCUCAUCGCCGGUGAUCAAGAGCGCCAUGACAGUGACGGCGGCCAGCAGUCAAGCGAGAGCACCAUGUCGCAUUCGAACCAAUCACGGCGCCUGCAGAUCAGAACACACACAGGGUGGAUGGAAUGCCGCCAUGACAUCGGCACCUUCGCCUCCGGCCUGCUCUCCAUCUACGAAUCCCUCAAGCCAUCAGAGGAGCACCUGUCCAAGCAGAGCCAGCUCAUAGACUCCCUAACCAAGUCAGUGAGCAAAGAAUGGCCCAACGCCCAGCUGCAUCUCUACGGAUCAUGCGCCAAUUCCUUCGGGACUUCCCACAGCGACGUCGACGUCUGCCUCGAAAUCAAGAUCGGCACGGGCAGCGAGGUGGAGCUCCUUCUGCGGCUCGCGGAGAUCCUGCGCGGCGAUAAUUUCGACAGCGUGGAGGCAAUUACCAGUGCUAGGGUGCCCAUUGUGAGGAUGUUGGAUGCAGGGAGUGGCUUCUCUUGUGACAUUUGCAUCAACAAUCUCUUUGCUGUCGCCAACACGAAGCUUCUCAAGGAUUAUGCCCAGAUAGAUGGCAGAUUGCUUCAGCUGGCCUCCAUUGUCAAGCACUGGGCCAAACUGAGGGGUGUCAAUGAGACAUACCGCGGAACCCUCUCCAGCUAUGCAUAUGUGCUUAUGUGCAUCAGUUUCUUACAGCUGAGAGAGCCCAAGAUCCUUCCCUGUUUACAGGCUAUGGAGCCCACAUAUACCAUGGUUGUUGAUGACACUGAAUGCGCUUAUUUUGACGAAGUUCAUCAGCUUCGUGAUUUUGGGGCUGAAAACAAGGAGACCAUCGCGGAGUUACUCUGGGCAUUUUUCCACUACUGGGCAUUCCAGCACGAUUACAGGAAAGAUGUCAUCUCUAUCCGUAUGGGAAAGAUAAUCAGCAAGAAGGAGAAGAACUGGAUGACUCGCAUCGGAAACGACCGCCAUCUGAUCUGCAUCGAGGACCCUUUCGAGACCGGCCAUGACCUAGGCCGUGUAGUCGACAGGCAGACAAUCAGGAUCAUCAGGGAGGAGUUUGAGCGGGCCGCUGCCGUACUGCAGCAUGACGAUGACCCUUGCAUGACCCUUUUUGAGCCCUACCAUUAUGAGAAAUAAACAGCGAAAACACCUGAACAUUCAUCAAACAUUUCUGCCAGGAAGGUGAAGGUACAGAUGAUGAACUGUUUGAACAUUCUGGUAAACGGAAUAAAUGAAUGAACUGGGUUGCAUUAAAGAAAAGAUGAAAUUUGGGUCAGGUGCAUUCACCUGCCAGAAGAUGGGCCGUGAUUCGUCGCAGAGAAAACUGAUCUGGUAGGACUAUGCUCUGCUGGAAGAUGAGCUGUGCCAGCUGCAGGCUGCAAUGAGUUCACUGUGACCACUACACUCUCAUGUUCUGUGCUCUGGUCACCUGAAAAGAGCAAUCUCAAACCUUCUUUAUGGCAUGCAACUGCAUGGAUUCACAGUAGGGAAACUUAAUGAUCCCACUUUCCAGGAUAUUUUCCAACAUCCAUAUUCUUUCAUGUUGUGUAACAAAAAAAUUGGACAUUUUCAACCAUUUUAUAAUUCUUAAACCAACAAAAAUUCUUUA